GGUGUCGAGCCGUUUUGCCAGCUGUUUCAACAACCGAUCCCGAGCUGCAGCCUGAUCGCGACAGCCCGAGUCCUCCAUCCGUCGACCAGGUGGCUCCACAAGUUGACUUUUUCCGUGCAGGUAAGACCAGUUUUCGAGGUUUGAACAGCCUCUGGUUGUGCAGAUGCCGUCCCCUCCGUCCGACGUCACCAUGCCAGUCUCGAUAGACACACCCACUGAGCCAGAGGCCAGUUUAAACGUCGUAAAGAACUGCAAAGGCAUAAACCACGAAUCGUCGGCUGGUGCGAACAACUCGGAGCUGGAACAGGAAGAAACCGAAGCUGCGAGCGAAGGCAAGCAAGAACUAGCCUCGAUCGAGAGCAACGACCACGUAGAAGCCGAGAUCGAGCCGGAAGAAACUGGUGAAAAGGAGAGCGAAGAGACCGAUAUCUUGAAGGAAAAGGCGUCAACGACUGAAGAGAAGACGAAAAAGAUUAUCGAGAGUGCAGAGAGCGACCUCAAGCUCACAGCUUCCAAUUCGCAGGACGAACCCGAGCUGGAAACGCCCAGUGACGAUUCGUGGAAGGAAGAACAGAAGGAGAAAAAGCCACCGCUAUCUGCGCGUCCUGCCACUGCGAGAAGUGCCGAGUCGAGUUCUAUCACUCGCCGUCCGUUUGUCCCGUUGGCAUCGAAGAGCUGGCGGGUGCGAGCCAUGCAGUCGAACACGCAGCUCACGCGUCUCAUGAAGGCAGCGUUACUUCAGACGCUUCUACACGCUAUUCGUACUGGAUCGGUUGAAGGAGUGAAGGUCGCAAUUGAGCGUGGAGUGCAGGUUCAGUACUUGGAUAGUCGCCAGCGCAAUCUCGUUAUGCUCGCCACCAAGUGCGACACCGACUCUCGUCUACGCAUUGUUAUUAUUCUGCUGGACGCUGGCUGUGAUAUGAACCACAAGGACCAACUAGGCUGGAGCUGUCUGCAUUACGCUUGCGCCAGUGGAGCGGACGAUGUCGCUGCGGAGCUCAUUCGUCGUGGGGCCAGUGUCGAGUUUAACCCGUACGGAUACGGCCCUGAAGACUUCAACAUUCCUAAGGUGGCACGUGCAAAAAGUCUGUUGCAACACACGGAGCAGCUGCAACACGAGCAAAAUGUGUGUGCGGCUUGGACGUAUUUCCGCCGUCAAGCUGAAAAAUCUGGCUACAGUGUCAAGUGCAAAUCGAACUGCGAUCUUGGCAAGCCUCUCAAGAUUACGUUUCAAGCUCCUACCGGACACAGUCCGCUGGACCGUAUUCGUGUUGUUGAUAUGAACUCGGACGUGGCUCUAUGGCUCCAAGUGUCUAAGACCUUUAGUAUCCCUCCUGGUGACGUGGGCACGAUCACGUUGGAUGUUGAGACGCUCGAUCGUCCAUCAUUGUAUCGUAUCGUUUACGAGAAAUACGAGCCGACUCCUAUCCAGCUACCGGCCUCAGUUGCUGAAAGUAGCUUGUGUGUCAAAAAUCUGGACACGGGGACUACGGUUUCUAUGGGAAGUGUUAAUAAUCUGGUUCUCAAAGAGCUCAAAAGCUCACGUACAGCAAAGAAGUCGAAGCAAUUGACCAGCUCAGCCAGGUGGGCAAUGUUUACUCUUAUGUUGGCAUGACUUGUACUUACGACUGUUGUCUCUAUAGACCAGCACCUAAAUCGGACAAGGCUACGGAUAUGAUGCGAAGAGGGUCCACAACUCGAGCCCGUGAGAUCACAGAAAUCGUGCGUGAAGCCAUGGUGGAAGAGGAGGAAGAAGGAGAAGAGGCCGAGUUCUCAGCUGAUGAGACAAUUACGACACAGGAGGUUGCCGAACACCCCGCGGUCACCAGUAUUACGGGCGUGUACAAGAUCGUGGCAAUGGGAGUGGUCAGCGUUUCGACACUGAGAACUGCCAAGGCGAACGAGUAUGAAAUCACCAUUCGCCGCAAGGGUUCUCUUGGUCUCCAGCUGGCGCCCAAGAUUGAAAGUCUGAAGAGAUCUCCGCGUCUUAUUGUGCGCCGCAGCCAAGGACAAGCGGCAGCUGUGAAUCCGGGUGAUUGCCUCGUUGCAAUUGGCAACGCUAACAUUGAGCACGCUGGUCUCAAGCACACGCUGUGGGCACUGAACGAUGCGAAGCGCCCCCUUGUGCUGCGUUUCCGACGUGGCAAUGCCAAGGAGAAGAGGAGUUUGUUCAAGGCAGGACUGUCCAUGAUCACUGGACCUCGUAGACAACCUGUCAUUGCAGUGUAGUCUUGCGGCUCCAGUAUAUCUGCAUUUAUAUUAGUUUUUGGUAGGGUGAAAAGACAAAUGUUAUGAGGUCUAAUGCAUGAAGCCGUGAAUGGAUUGAGUGUCGGGGCUAAGCUAUGUAGUG